AUGAGGCUGCUGGAGCAGGCCGAGUCCUCGCUGGAGGAACGCUACCUCCUGGACGCCGCCGGGCUCGGCCACGACCUCGGCCACGACCAGGGCAUCGGGCCGGGCUACGGCUUCGCCAUCCACUCCGAACACAGCGACCAGUACGCCGAGAGGGACGAUGGCAGCCUGGCGGGCCUCGGCCACGGCCUCGGCGAGGCCCACGUCGAGCAGUCCGAGAUCAAGCCCCAGUACGUCAAGAGGGUAGUGGUCACGAAGGCCGUGCCGUACUCCGUGCCGCAGCCCUACACCGUCACGGUCGAGAAGAAGGUGCCUUACCCCGUGAAGGUGCCCGUGCACGUGCCCGUCGACAAGCCGUACGAGGUGACGGUGCUCAAGCCCUACCCCGUGCACGUCGACCGCCCUGUGCCCUACGCCGUGGAGAAGCCCGUGCCCUACCCCGUCAAGGUGGCCGUCAGGGUGCCCGUGCCCCAGCCCGUGCCCUACGAGGUGGCCAAGCCCUACGCCGUGCCCGUGACCGUCGCCAAGCCCUACAAGGUGCCCGUGCCCGUCUACGUCAAGGCCAAGGAGCACGGAAUCAAAAGUGAAUACCCACACGUCAGGUACAUCCCCCAGUACGAUCCUCAGCCCCAGCCCCAGCCAGCGCCGCAGCCGCUACCCCAGCCACAGCCUCAGCCCGAGUACGGUGUCCCCAGCCACGGCGACGACCACCACGUCGGCGGCUACAGCGAACAGAGGGAGACCUACGCGGCCUUCUCGACCAGCUCCAGCGAUCUGGAAGCCCGACUGGCCGACCUCAGGGAGAAGGGUGGGAGUUUCAGCUACGUCUACCGCCAUUGACGAGACCAGGCGAUCAGGGAGCGCGCGAUCGCGAGACAUUAAGACUGAAACAUCUUAACUAUUCUAUUUUACUACGUUUUUCUUCAAAUUUUUGCGUAGCUGAAACUGCC